GGAUCUUUCCUUCCAGCCCGAGCGGUUGCAGGGCACCCACUACUCGGUCCAGUCCGACAUCUGGAGCAUGGGUCUGUCGUUAGUGGAGCUGUCUAUCGGAAGGUACCCAAUCCCCCCGCCAGACUCCAAGGAACUGGAAGCAAUAUUUGGCCGUCCUGUGGUAGACGGGGCAGAGGGAGAAUCUCACAGCAUCUCGCCGCGGGCCAGGCCCCCAGGACGCCCCGUCAGUGGCCAUGGGAUGGACAGCCGGCCUGCGAUGGCCAUCUUUGAACUGCUGGAUUAUAUAGUUAAUGAGCCACCUCCCAAGCUACCGAAUGGAGUUUUCACGCAAGAUUUCCAGGAGUUUGUAAAUAAAUGCUUAAUUAAAAAUCCAGCAGAACGGGCAGAUCUGAAGAUGCUGAUGAGUCACACCUUCAUCAAACGCUCCGAAGUGGAGGAGGUGGAUUUCGCCGGCUGGCUGUGCAAAACGCUGCGGUUGAACCAGCCCAGCACGCCCACCCGCGCUGCCAUGUGAGGGCCGAGCCGACCGCCUGGUGUCAGUACAUCUGCCUCUGUCACCAUUUCCUCCCCUUCAGUAAAUGACAGAACUGCCCUCCUUCCUUCUCCCC